CAGGAGGCUGACACGAGCGCUUGUGUCUUUCCUUCAACUGUGAAGCGAGUGAGACGAAAAUAAACACAAACUUAAACAAGUCUAACACUACACCAUGGCAACGCCUAUGUCAGACCAGGAGAAGAGGAAGCAAAUUAGUAUUAGGGGGAUAGUUGGGGUGGAGAAUGUCGCCGAGAUAAAGAAAGGGUUUAACAGGCACCUGCAUUUCACCUUGGCGAAGGAUAGAAAUGUGUCGACGCAGAGAGACUACUUUUUCGCGCUGGCUCACACCGUUCGGGAUCACCUGGUCGGGAGAUGGCUCAGGACUCAGCAGUACUACUACGAAACCGACCCAAAGCGCGUGUAUUAUCUUUCCCUUGAGUUCUACAUGGGCCGCACCCUGGAGAACACUAUGAUCAACCUGGGUCUGCAGAAUGCCUGCGAUGAGGCCAUCUAUCAGCUGGGUUUGGAUAUGGAAGAUCUGGAGGAGAUGGAGGAAGAUGCUGGUCUGGGAAAUGGUGGCCUGGGCAGACUCGCAGCGUGCUUCCUGGACUCCAUGGCUACCCUGGGCCUUGCAGCCUACGGAUAUGGAAUCCGAUAUGAAUAUGGAAUCUUUAACCAGAGGAUCAACGAUGGAUGGCAGGUGGAGGAGGCUGAUGACUGGCUGAGGCAUGGCAAUCCCUGGGAGAAGGCUCGUCCAGAGUUUAUGCUGCCCGUUCACUUCUAUGGCCAUGUGGAAAAAACCAGGGAGGGACCCAAGUGGGUGGACACACAGGUGGUCCUUGCGAUGCCCUAUGACACUCCCAUCCCAGGGUACAUGAACAACACUGUCAACACCAUGAGGCUCUGGUCUGCCCGGGCUCCCAACGACUUCAAUCUGCAGGACUUUAACGUGGGAGACUACAUUCAAGCUGUGUUGGACAGGAGUGUGGCUGAGAAUAUCUCCCGAGUGCUCUACCCUAACGACAAUUUCUUCGAGGGGAAGGAGCUGCGUCUGAAGCAGGAGUAUUUCGUGGUUGCUGCUACACUACAGGACAUCAUCAGGAGAUUCAAGGCCUCCAAGAAGGGCCGCAUUACCUUUGAGACCUUUCCUGACAAGGUGGCUAUUCAGCUGAAUGACACCCACCCUGCCAUGGCUAUUCCUGAGCUGAUGAGGAUCUUGGUGGACAUCGAGAAACUACCCUAUGAUAAGGCCUGGGAGAUCACCCAGAAGACUUUUGCUUACACCAACCACACUGUGCUUCCUGAGGCUCUGGAGCGCUGGCCUGUUCAAUUGAUGGAGAAGCUGCUGCCUAGACACCUGCACAUAAUCUACGAGAUCAACCAGAAGCACUUGGAUAAAAUCUCUGCUCUGUUCCCAAAAGACAUGGACCGAUUGCGCAGGAUGUCUAUCGUCGAGGAGGAGGGUGUGAAGAGGAUCAACAUGGCACACCUGUGUAUUGUUGGCUCGCACGCAGUCAACGGGGUGGCACAGAUCCACUCCCAGAUCGUCAAGGACCAAGUGUUCCGUGACUUCAGUGAGCUGGAGCCCGAAAAGUUCCAGAACAAGACCAACGGCAUCACCCCCAGACGCUGGCUGCUGAUGUGCAAUGCAGGGCUGGCUGAACUCAUCGCUGAGAAAAUUGGAGACGGGUAUGUAAAGGAUCUGAGCCAGCUGAGGAAGAUUGCUGCAUUUGUCAAUGAUGAGUCUUUCAUUCGAGAUGUUUCAAAAGUAAAACAGGAGAACAAGAUGAAAUUUGCACAGUACCUGGAGAAGGAGUACAAGGUGAAGAUCAACCCCUCCUCCAUGUUCGAUGUCCACGUGAAGCGAAUCCAUGAGUACAAGAGGCAGCUGCUCAACUGUCUGCACAUAAUCACGAUGUACAACCGCAUAAAGAAGGACCCUGCAAAGCAUUUUGUCCCAAGAACUGUCAUUAUUGGUGGCAAAGCAGCCCCCGGUUACCACAUGGCCAAGAUGAUCAUCAAGCUCAUCACGUCUGUGGGAGAUGUGGUGAAUAACGACCCUGUGGUGGGCAACAGGCUCAAGGUCAUUUUUCUGGAAAACUACCGUGUGUCCCUGGCUGAGAAAGUGAUCCCGGCGACUGACCUGUCCGAGCAGAUCUCCACAGCCGGCACCGAGGCCUCGGGCACGGGCAACAUGAAAUUCAUGCUGAACGGGGCGCUGACCAUCGGCACCAUGGAUGGAGCAAAUGUGGAGAUGGCAGAGGAGGCGGGAGAGGGGAACCUCUUCAUCUUCGGCAUGAGGGUGGCGGACGUGGAGGCUCUUGACAAGAAGGGGUACAAUGCCAUGGACUACUAUGACAAGUUGCCAGAACUGAAACAGGUGAUGGAUCAGAUCAAAAGUGGCUACUUCUCCCCGAAACAGCCUGAUCUCUUCAAGGACAUCACUGACAUGCUUUUCAAACAUGAUAGGUUUAAAGUUUUUGCUGACUUUGAAGACUAUGUUAAAAGCCAGGAAAAAGCGAGCAAUCUUUACCAGGACCCGAAGCAGUGGACCAAGAUGGUGAUCAUAAACAUUUCAGCGUCGGGUAAGUUCUCCAGCGACCGGACCAUCAAGGAGUAUGCCAAGGAUAUCUGGGGGGUGGAGCCUUCGGAUAUAAAGAUCAAGCCCCCGAACGAGCCCCGUGAGCCUGUGGAAACUCGAGAGGCUGCUAUGAAACCCAAGUCCAAGGGAAACCUUUUGUAAACUUAAGAGCACUUGCAUUCACAAGCUUCAUUUUCUAUCUAAACUGUUUAAUUUCAGAGAUAUAUAUAUCCCUUGCCCCCCUACCCCAUAAAUUAAAUGCAGUUCUGUGAUAAAUAAGUCUUAAAGUUGCAGUAGAGGGUACAAAAAAAAAAGUUUAAUUUUUGAAAAUGCGGCUUUCAGACUUGUCAUCUGAUACAAGCAAGAUUUCUGUACUGUUCAAACAAUAAAAGCACAUUUUCCAGAA